GUGCAGGAGUUUGCCUCGGUGUGUGUCCUCUCCACGCUGCAGUCCACUCUCACCCUGUGGUCUCUCCGAGGCCUCAGUCUGCCCAUGUACGUCGUGUUCAAGCGCUGCCUCCCGCUCUUCACGCUCAGCAUCGGCGUGUGUGUGCUGAAGAACGGCGUGCCGUCCUUCGGGGUGGUGACCGCCGUGAUCAUCACCACCGGGGGAGCUGCACUCGCUGGUGCUGGCGAUCUCACCGGCGACCCCUUCGGAUACAUCACCGGUGUGUUGGCGGUGAUCAUCCACGCCUCCUACCUGGUGCUGAUCCAGAAAACCAGCCUGGACAGCGAGUACGGUCCGCUCACUGCGCAGUACGCCAUCGCCAUCAUGGCCACGCCGGUGCUGCUGGUGUGUUCCUUCAUCUCCAUGGAUGUCAUCAGCAUGUGGUCAUACGAGGGCUGGAAGGACCCGCACAUCACGACCAUUUUCAUCUUCUGCGUCUUCAUCGGCUGUGCCAUGAACUUCACCACGCUGCACUGCACUUACAUCAACUCUGCCGUCACCACCAGUUUCGUUGGUGUGGUCAAGAGCAUCGCCACCAUCACCGUCGGCAUGCUGGCGUUCAGUGAUGUUGCGCCGACCAGGCUGUUCAUCGGUGGAGUGGUGGUGAACACCGUCGGCUCCAUCACCUACUGCGUGGUCAAAUACUUUGAGACGAAGAAGAAGAGCUUGUAUGAGGAUCUGGAAGAGGCGGGGAAGGAUGGCGCGCUGCCUGGAGAGCCUUACCAAGAGAAGCCGCCACUGAACGGUGACGGGCCCGCCGCUGGCAACGGAUCUGAUGUAGAACAACCACAGUUAGAUGGAGCGUUGACCAGCGACAGGAAGGAUGAGUCCGCGCCCGCCGGUCUGGUUAACGGACAGGUGUGGACAGGAGACGGCGGUGGAGGAGACGGGGAAGCAGGCGUGAAUUCUUGUGUCAUGACAGAAAAAGAGGUGGUGGAGAUGCAGAGGGAGCACCUCCACAAGGAGAGCUCCACCCCUGGUCAGUCGCUCAGUGACAGCUAUGUCGGGGUGUGGAGGUCGAUCAGACAUCUGCAGUUCAUGAAGAAAGAACCUUUGAUUGAUAACAUGGAGCAGCAGAGUCCGUAAGAGCCGGACAGAGACCUGGACACACUCUGGAAAGAAAAACUGGUCAAGAAUUGGAAAAUAUAAAAAGUUGAACUUGCUGAAGAAACCAGAGGAGAAGAAAAUGAGGAGGGCAGAAUAACACAACAGUAAACCGAACCAGCGGCAACCUCUUUUAUCAGCAUUAAAUUAAAUUACCUCAGUGAAAGCCAACGUUUUCGUGCUUAAAGUUCAGCGUCAUCACUCGGAGCUCUGAGCGCAAAUCCUGUCUCUCGGCUUCGUUGGGAGCAGCAACAGACGAAGUUCAUGAUGAGAGUGAAAAGAGGUUCGUGGUGGAGAAAAGUGGAUGAAGAGUUCUGGGAGAAGCUGCCUGUCAGAGAUAAAUUCUGCUUCCUGUCUCCCUCAGCUCGGUGGCGUGUGGCGGGGGAACGAGCUCGCCACCGUGUAGCAUGAUUUGGUUUGGUUUGCAUCCCGAACGAUUAAGACGGCUAGCCAAACAAAACGAGCGCAUCUUGUGCAAAGUGAAAUAUCACAUCCAUUCAGGGAUUAGCAAACCAAACAGGAGACACCUGAACGUUCGGUUUUUGUUUGAUUGAAACCUGGCCGAAUUCUUGUUUCUGAUUGGCUGUGAGGUGUGAACGGAAACCUUUAACGUGGUUCAGGUCAAGUUCAGUCGCUUGUAAAAUCCUCCGUCGGCUGUGUUUCCGUGAGUCUGAUUGUGUGUGUCCAACCCUGCAGGUCUGUCGGUCGUGUGUGUGUCAGCCGCUGGAUGACGUCUCCACUUUCUCUCACUCGACAGAAAUUAAACCAAAAUAUAUCGGAUAUGGGCGCCGCCAUCUUGUGCCUGUGUCAUCAUUCAUAGUCAGUGUCAGCUGUCAAUCAUGACGCCUCAGCCUGAUUUCCAAAUAAAUUGUUUAUUUACACAAGUGUGAUAAGAAUGACGGAAAAUGACAGAAGGGUCGUGACUCUAUCAAAAGUUUAAAAGACACCAACAACAGCAAUCCCCCCCAAAUGUGUCCGGUUAAAUCUGGCCAAAAGGAAGGCGGGGUGUCCCCGUCCAAUUAAAUCAACAUCAGGGUCCGUAGGGGACGAGUGUGUGGGGGCGGGGAGUCUGAAAGAAUUACGUUUUCACGUCCGGCUGGAGUCGAGUCUGCUCCAUGUGGGCGUCAACACGUGGACACACACAUUAAAUUAAUGGUCACGUCUGUUCCGAUGAAUUCAACGUUAGAGUUCAAAUUAAAGUUAGUUUAGGAAAUUUCUUCUUCUGUGAAAUAUCUGAACUUUACACGGAUUCAAUCUUUGUUGUUUUAAGAUUCGGUGGAUUCGAAGAUUCAACUCUUCAUUAUUCAAUUUAACAAAAUGUCACAAGUGUCCAGGCGGAGAUUAGCAUUCACUUUGUCAGAUCCUCUCUAUCACCCCCUGGUGGCUGGCUGCAGUUUACAUUAUAAACCCCGCCUCCUCCAUGUUAGCAGAUGGGCUGAAACACACUGAUGUGGGUGGGACCUCGAUACCACGGCUCGGCUUGAAAGUGCAGAAUCUUCUUUUCAGCAGAAAUGAUGGUGUUGAAAGUAGAAAACUACCCAGAUUACACACAAGUAUCAUAAACAUCUGUGAACUCGACAUGUUUGGACCAUUGACAGUUAAGAGUAAAAGAGGUAACGGUGUGUUGUGUACUUGCUGUGACUCGCGUCUCCGUCCACAGCUUCCACACAGGAAACGUUCAUCUUCACUUCUCCUUCCAGUCGUCUCUGUCACAAAGACAAAGCUUCAGGGUCUGAGUUGUGUCGAGUGAAAGAAGCUGUCGGCCGCUGAUAUGGACUGAAAUCGAUUUCUCUUCUCACAGUCCCCAAACUUCAUUUAACGCUACAUGAGCUGUGACGUGGCCUCGAGCUGCAGCGCAGCGUGUGGACUCUGCUUUAGACACUAACACUAGAAAUGUCUCUGCUGAAGCGUGACGUGUUUCAGAUGUGUUUGUGGGUGAUAAUGAGUCAGUGGCCGCCGCCGUGCUCGAUGUCGAUAUGAGAUGUUCGACAGAGGUGAAGCCUCCGCGAUGGGAAAACACAAACUAUUACAACCUUUAACUUCUGAAUUCAGAUUCAGCUUUAUUUGUCACCGACAUAAAACACGUUAGAGCGUAAACGAGGGAUCAGGUCACGUUUUAAACACAGAGACAAAUGAUCCACGUAACAGAAACACACACAAUCAUAGAGAGCAGGUCACGUAACACACACGCUAAGAAACAAGAAUUCUCAGGUUGGAUUUAUUUUUUCGAUGAUGUGUAUUUUUCUUUUCUUCAUUUCUUUGCACGUGAACUUAUUGUCGGCUGUGUUGUGAGUCCGUGUUGUUCCUGAAAAUAAAAGAAAUCUGUCUGCUGAAGGCAACGAAACAUCUGCUCGUCAAUUUGCAUGUUCAAUGCAAAGUAAAUUGAAAAUGUUUUAUAAAGAAAACUGUGCACUGGAAUAUCUAUUGUGCUGUGUGUGUGUGUGUGUGUGUGUUUAUAAAGGUGUUUCCAUGGUGAUGAUGAUGGUGUGUCCAUCAGCGGACAGACGAGUGUUGAGGCGUCAGAUUAUUGUAUUAAUACGUUUCUCUCGCUGUGUGAAGCUGAAACGUUUCCACCGCAGGUUGUUCUGUUGUGAUUAUUUAAAUUUGCUCCUGUUUGAUUCCUGACGUCAGAAUUUGACAUAAACAUUUAAAUACUUUGUCGUUCAAUCGUUUCUUUG